GCCUUUGGCUUUCCAAAAUCGUGUGAAGUUUCCUCCUGCAGGCCUUUCCACUGUUGAUUCCUUUUUUUGCCGGUGGAAAGGUUUUUUGAAAAGAUUAGUCGCCUGCGGCAGCAGAGAUUUAGCGUAGGUGACUAAGCUCUCCGUGGGACAUUAUGCUUACUGCCAACGAGACUGUUCAAGUUUGGGAUCCUAAAAUCUAUAAAUAAACCUAUGUGAUGGUGUCCAGUCCUGCAUUUGAGCACUUUGUCCUCCAUCCUGUGCCACCUCAAAAGGAGGGAGCAGGGGUAAUAAGAAAAUAAUUGGACAUUUGUGGAGUAAUUUUGUAGCACACUUUGGCCAUGCCCCUCAUUUAAGUCCCAUUACACCCCAAUGUCUGACUAUGGGAGACAAAGACCCUAACACAGAAAGCAUUGACACAUCUCUGCAGUUGCAGGUAGAACGACAAAUGUCUAUGUUUCUGUAGUUACAAAGGCUUCACGUUAAUAACUUGACCCACUUAGUCGUUUAGCAAUGAGCUCUAUUAUACUUAUUAGUUAGCACUGUAAAUACGCCCUGGAACCUUAGGGGCUCUCAAGAAUAAAAUGUUUCGAGGAACUACUUUGAGUAGCUCAGUGUAUCCCACUCUAUCCCGCCUUCCUUCUCCCACCAUUUUGUCUCAGUUUUACAUGUAUUCCGCUGCUUUUUGUGUUUGAAAUUUUGAAAGGUGCUUGACUUUCCCGCCUGAAACUGUUGCCAUAAAACAUGACGCUUCUAAACAACGCCGCGCCCCCCUCUCUCAGUAUCCAAUAGAAAAACUCGCACAGGAAGCUCCGCCCGUUUCAGGAAGCUCCAUGGUAACCGUGGUCUCCGGUAAGCGGCUGAAAACGUCCCAAUCUCAUUGUGCCAGCGACAUCCUGGAGUAGCGGCAGGGACAAGCAAAGGGCCGAGAGUUGGAGCUCAAGUAAUAAUAGCGGCGUUGGAACUAUUGGAAGCUGUGAACUGCUAAGGUUAAGAGGCAGCAGAGAAGUGAGUCCAAAGCAAGAGACUGCCCAAGGAGCUUUGCCGAAAUCAAGAAUCUCUUGAGAGGCUACUGCUGCAUCUCCCCCUGCCAAAAUGGAGCAGCUCCCCAGCAAUCUGCAGGUUCUUCUGCAAGCUGCUGAGUAUGUGGAGCGAAGGGAAAGAGACUGUCUAAUAUUGAUUUCAGAAGCAGAGCAUGGUUAUGCCUCCAUCUUGCCAUGUGAUCCUGCCACCCCGGGGAGGCGAAAGCGUCAGAGAACAAACAGCAACCCAGAUAAUGUCAGAUCUGUUCACAAUGAGCUGGAGAAACACAGGAGAGCGCAACUUCGAAGAUGCUUAGAGCAACUUAAACAACAAGUGCCUCUGAGCAUGGAAAACUCAAGGCAUACAACUCUCAGUCUCUUACACAGGGCCAAGCAACACAUCAAAAAACUUGAAGACCAGGAGCUAAGGGCUAAAAGCCUGAAGGAAAAACUGAGGGUAGAACAGCAGAAGCUCCGCCAGAGACUAAAACAGCUUUUACCUCCUAACACAGAGAGGAUUCGAACUGACAGCUUAGAUUCGUCAACUUUAUCCUCUGAGAGAUCUGAUUCUGAUCAAGAGGAUUUGGAGGUAGAUGUGGAGGGAAUAAUUCUGAGUGGCAAUGAGGGUGAACUCUUUGUUUCAUUUAGUGCUGGGCUGGAACACAGCUACUCUACUCCAGCUCAUGCCUGGCUAUGACCUCUGAUUACAAACACAGCAGAUAAAACAUCAGCAGACUUACUACAUGGGCAGCUCCACAAAACAACUUACCUUGCAGAUCUGAAAACACUUGCUGAUGUGGUACACACAGGAUAACUCAAAUCAAUUGUUUUCACUCACCUCCAUAUAAAGAUGUGCUGUUACAGUCUUGAAACAUUUGAAGGUGCUUUUGGACAUACAACUAUUCUUGGAACAGGUAGCAACAUUCUAGACUUCUGUUGCCAGUGAUUGGUAAUGUUUACAUCGCAAUGCUGAAAUGGCAGAAGUUUUUUUUUUUUUUUGUCAACUGACACGUCAGGAAUAUUUUUUUUCAUACUGCCCUUUGCAAAUCUAUUAGGGCAGUGAGCUUUUCAUUUUAAAGGUUAGAUAAGGAUUUAGUGUAGUAAGGAAAGUUACAAUGUCAAAUAGCUGGACUGUUGAUCAUUUGUUUUGCUUCCUGUUGCUGCUGCCUUUUUGUAGUGAAGAUACUGCUUGGAGGGAUCUUCUUGCUGCCCUGAUGGGAGGGGCGCUUUGUGUGCCUGUUUAUUUUUCUUUUUUUUUUCUUUUUAUUCAUGAUUGCAAUAUGUGGAUAUGAAAUCCCACUCCACUCCAACAUUGGAUUUCUGCCUUGAGCACAAUACAUCAGGUAAAUAUUAAGGAUUAGCCAGUGUCCUGACAUUUGUAUGCCAUGUGUCGCACAUGCAUAUACAAUACCAUUUGUUCCCAUCAGUGGCUACUGCCUUGGCUACACAGAAGCACUUAGUAAUUCUGCACUUAAUGGGAACCUGCAAUUGUACACUAGAUAUUUUGUUUUUGUUAUCCAAGAUAAAAAUUGCUUACCUUGUAAAUGCAACAAAAUGGAUGCCACAGUCAGCUGAAACAUUUGCGGUGGUCCUCCAGCUCCCAUAUAAAAGAACACAUAAUGAGGCACUUCUACUUUUUACUAUGACUUUUUACUUCCUUUAUGAUUCACAGAAGAGAAAAGUUAAAAAAAAGUGCAUUUUUAAUGUCUGCCACAUUGUUGGUAUGGAAAGCAUUAUCUGGGUCUCUUUUUGCCCUCUACAGAACUGCUGCUUAUUGCCAUAUAUGUAAAAUAGAUACCAAUGAUUCCUGCACUUGGGAAAAAGUUAGGAGUCUGCUGCUGUUAGAUCAACACUCUGACGCCUCAGUACCUGAGGAGCAACAAAUCUGGUCCUGCAAUAGUAUUGCCUGUUCUGUAAAACAAAUGGCAAUACCCAAUGUCUGGGUUUGGCAAUUAUUUAUGAAACAAUCAUCUUAGGAUGCUAUGUGAAACUGCCCCUUCAUGUGCGAGGGUGGAGCGAGACCUUGCUUAUCACAUUCCUGAACCUGGCAAGCAUUUGUUGUAAAGAAAUGUUCUGUCAGGGUCUAGAGGACAAAUCCUCUGACUUUUUAUAUUUAACCUAUAUUUUAGUAAAUGUGUUUUGUUCCAUAUAAUGGCUGGUGGUCUUUAUUUUUUUAU